CUUUUCCGCCGUAAUGUACCGUGGCCCGUGGGUCGUGGGAUUGUAUUGUACGAAUCGUCGCUCAACCAUUCUAUCUUAAACAAGCACAUAGGUAUCGGUGUUUCAGAAUCUCAGAUCUCUAUGAUUUAUAAAUUCAAAAUUGUCAAUUCGUGAGUCGUGACAUCAUGUUAAAAACUUAAAUACUUAUCUAUGACUUUAAUGUAACUAUUGUAACUAUGUAAGGAUUCCUACUCUAGUACUCUACAUCUACUAAUUCUAGUAUAAUUAAUAAUAAUUAAUAAUAUUAAUGUUACGUUAGACAUUAGUGCAUACUGCAUUAGAUAUUAGCACACAUAGCGCUGUGUUGCAUCAAACAUAACAAUUUAUAAUCAACAAUCCUUAUUUAUCAUGCAUUGUGCAUAGGAAAAAUAAAUCUAUGUCUCAUUAUUUUACAGACUAAAACGUAAUACACACAGACACUGAACACUCUGAUACUAGCAUCUGGAACUAGGAAUAUUAAAAUACAAAAGAGUUCCAAAUGGCGUGGAGAUCUCAUGGUAGAAAUAAUGUUGAACUUGUACAAAACUUACGAGGUAAAUAGCUAACAAUAUUAUUAAAAGUGAUAAAGUAGAAAAAAUAAUGAAAGCUGUUGAUAGGGGAAAUUAUGUGUCAACAUCACCAUAUUUAGAUCAACCACAAAGUAUCGGCUAUGGAGUUACAAUCAGUGCACCUCAUAUGCAUGCAUACGCUUUGGAACUUUUGAAAGAUCAAUUAGUAGAAGGGGAACGAGCCUUAGAUAUUGGUUCUGGAUCUGGAUAUUUAACUGCUUGUAUGGCUACAAUGUUAGGAGAAAAUGGUAAAGCUGUUGGCAUUGAUCAUAUUCCUGAACUUGUUGAAAAAUCUUUAGAAAAUGUUAAAAAAGAUAAUCCAGAACUAUUGAAUUCCCAGAGAGUGAUAUUAGAAACUGGAGAUGGACGACUAGGAUUAGAAAAAUAUGCGCCAUAUAAUGCAAUACAUGUUGGAGCUGCUGCUGAAAAAAUUCCGCAACCGUUAAUUGAUCAAUUAAAACCUGGUGGGCGUCUUGUAUUACCAAUCGGGCCACAUAAUGGAGACCAAGUGUUGGAAGUGAUUGAUAAAAAAUUAGAUGGUUCAGUAUCCAGGAAAAAGCUGAUGGAUGUAAUCUACGUUCCUCUAACAGACGCAGCAUCUCAAAGAAGUAAAUGGCACCACUGACCAAURACCAUAUAUAAUUUAUUUUGUGUAAUAAAAAUGUAUUGCUUAAAUAGCUCUGAAUAAUCAAUAAGAUAUCUCUAGUUUUAUAAGACAUGUAUCUGGACAGAAUAUCACUGUAAAUGUCUUUCUAAAUGUGUUAUUUUUAUUCUUAAAUAUUGAUAUUGUAUUUGACAUUGUUAUUAAAUUAUAUUUAUGGAUUCAA